AUGGAACAUACGAACCUACUUGGCCGAGACUGGAUUCGGGAGUUCGGUGUGGAUCUAAACCGGCUCUUCGUGGGAACCAUCUCAGAGGCGAAGGACUCAUUAGCAUCGUUACUGUCCCAGUUUCCUGAGUUGUUCGAAGCAAGACUGGGGAAGUGUUCCAAGACGAAGGUCCAUCUGUAUUUUAAAGAGGAGGCGCAACCAAAAUUUUUUAAGCCACGCCCGAUACCAUUCGCAACCAGACAGGCUGUGGAAGCGGACUUGAAAAGACAAGUCGCAAACGGUGUUCUGCGACCGGUGGAGGUGUCAGAGUGGGCGACUCCAAUCGUUGUUGUGCCAAAACCGAAUGGCGCUGUACGAGUUUGCGGCGAUUUCAGUGUGACUGUAAACCCCCAACUGUCCGUAGCACAGUAUCCACUUCCCAGGCCAGAAGAGCUACUGGCGACACUAAAUGGUGGACAGCGUUUUUCGAAGUUGGAUUUAUCCGAAGCCUAUCUCCAAAUGAAAUUGGACGAAGAGGCCACGAAAGUCCUGGUGAUCAACACGCACAAGGGACUUUUUCAGUUCACGCGCAUGCCUUUUGGCAUUGCCUCGGCCCCGGCAGUUUUUCAGCGUACCAUGGAGCAAGUCAUUGCAGGAAUUCCUUCCGUGGCCUGCUACUUGGAUGAUAUUAUUGUUACGGGCUGGACAGAUGCUGAACAUCUGGACAACCUCCGCAGUGUUUUGUCUAGGCUUCGAGAUUUUGGCUUCACGCUGAAACGAGAAAAGUGCGCUUUUGUCCAACCCGAAGUGGAGUACCUAGGGCAUGUGGUCAGUGCAAGUGGGUUUCGGCCGUCUCCAAAAAAGGUGUCUGCCGUUCUCAACAUGCCACCACCGACGAAUGUCUCUCAGCUACGUUCCUUUCUGGGUAUGGUGCAACAUUACGGCAAGUAUUUGAAGUCACUCUCGGACGUUAUUUCACCAUUGAACGAUUUGUUGAAGAAAGAAGCAUCUUGGGAGUGGACCGGUUCAUGUGUAGAAGCGUUUGAGAACGUCAAGGAAAUGCUGGUUUCGGCGGACACAUUGACACACUUUGACCCUGCAAAGCCCAUUUUCUUAGCCGCCGACGCGUCAUCUACAGGACUCGGAGCAGUCAUAUACCACAAGAUCGAUGGCAAAGAAAGGUCAAUAGCACGAGCAUCGAAAACUCUUACGGAUGCUGAGCGUAAUUACGCCCAGAUCGAGAGGGAGGCCCUCGCAAUAAUUUUUGGAGUUAGAAAGUUUCAUCAGUACUUAUGGGGCCGGAAAUUUACGUUAUACACUGAUCACAAACCGCUUACUAUGAUUUUUGGCUCGAAGAAGGGAGUUCCUGUGACAUCGGCAAGCCGAAUGCAACGUUGGGCGUUGAUUCUCAUGAAUUAUACGUUUGAUAUAGAGUACGUACCGACGGCCAAGUUUGGAAACGCAGACGGGCUCUCCAGACUUCCGGAAGGCCCAGACAAGCUUUUCGACACAGAUAUGGAGAAGGGUGUGUUUGACGUCUUUCUCACAGAAGUGAACGCUGUCCUGGAUCAUACGGUUUCCAUCUUGCCCAUCACGGUAGAAGAUAUUGCGGAGGCUACACGUCAAAGCACCUUGCUGGCCAGGGUGGCUGAGGCCGUUAGCGAGGGCUGGCCAACAAACGUCGAUGCAGACGUCAAGCCAUACCAUGUGCGCCGCACGGAGUUGACAUUGCACAAAGGGUGUCUGCUAUGGGGUCUCCGGACAGUGAUUCCGCCAAAGUUCCGGAAUUCUCUUUUGAGCAUCCUGCAUGAGGGGCACGUAGGUCAGACGAAAAUGAAAAUGCUAGCCAGGUCAUAUCUAUGGUGGCCCGGUCUAGAUCGGGACAUUGAAGAGCAAGUGAAGUCCUGUGGACCAUGUGCGGCUGUUGCGGCACAGGAAGUCCCGGUUCCGCUUCAUCAAUGGGAACCUGCCGAAAAGCCUUGGGCACGUCUGCAUGCUGAUUUUGCAGAUCUGGACGGGAAGCGUUACCUGAUCGUGAUCGACGCUUUUAGCAAGUGGCCUGAGAUAGCGCACCUAACGAACACCACGGCUGCGCACACCUCCACUUCCUUCAGUGAAAUGUUUCUUCGAAAUGGCUUGCCGGAAGUGUUGGUCACCGAUAAUGGCCCGCCUUUCACCAGCAAAGAUUUCAGCCGAUUUCUUCAAGCGAAUGGAAUCAAACACAUUCUUACUCCGCCUUACCACCCCCAGUCCAACGGGUUAGCAGAGAAUUUUGUCCGCACUUUCAAAACGGCUCUUCGCCGCUCCACAGAGGAGGGGAGGAAGGACACUGUUCGCGACUUCUUGUUCAAGAAUCGAGUAACACCGCACGUCACAACGGGACGUCCGCCCUGUGGAAUGUUGAACGGCCGACAUUACCGCCACACGUUGGACCUUAUCUGCCCGGGUCAGCCGUUCGUGUCUGCGAAAGUUCGCGCGUCACGGGACCGCCAGAGGACGAACUUUAAUAGGAAAACACGAGACAGGAGUUUUCAGAUCAAUCAAAAGGUUUGGAUGUUGGACCCUUGCAAGAAGGCGCACUGGAGAAUCGGAGUCAUUGUGGCUAAGCAGGGAUCGGUCAUUUAUGUAGUCCAAGAUGAGCACCAGCUUCGGCAUCGGGUGCACAAGGACCACAUCAAGGGGCGAAACUCGGUGGAGUCGUGGAAGGACCAGGCAAUUUCCAUUGGCGUUUCUCGACUGCGUGAGCGGUUCCCUCCGCCGUUACCUUUUCCGGAGGCACCCGCAUCCUGGGCGCCCGAGAACGAGAACCACCCUAGGGAUGACGGUGCCAUCGGUAUCGGUAUCGACCGUCGGCCACCACCCCAUAUAACUGGAUCCGGAGACAAUGCUGUCCGGCGUUAUCCCACCCGCACACGGAAAAGCCCGGAACGCUAUGGCUAUAGCUGA